GGUCAAAAUAGUACACGUCGAUUCGAGCGUCGCUAUCAUACAUCAGAUGGAAUUGAUGUCACAAAACCAAAAGCUGCUGUCAGUCUUCCGCCAAGUAUCCUUAAGCGUUUUUCUUGGAAUGUUUCUUCUGCAGUAGGUGGCUCAUCUAGGAAAAUUUCGAAUCGGAUGAAUGAGCAGCAAAAUCGCCGACAUUCACAGUCAACGGUGACCUCUUCAGAAUCAUUUAGUAGUUCGACAUCAGGUUUUAGCACGGCUUCAUCGUUUCUUGAUGGAUCAACUCUAACAGACGAUUCGUCCCCAAAUAAUAGUCCUGAUGUUCACAUUUCAACUGUCACCAUUGGCGAACAACGGACAUUCAGCAGUAAUUUCGAUAGCAGCCGUACUCUUAGGAUUAAUUUUGGCGAAGAUAAUGAAAAUCUCGAUGAAAAUGCGUCACAAAUUCCUCCUCCUUUGCCUGGUGUUCCCCCUCCAUCUUUAAAAAAAGAAAAGAAGCCACAACACAGGAAGCAGCAGGAAUUAAUGAAAUUUAUACUGGAUAAUCAUCUGGAAACAUCGUAA